AUGGAUCAAGGCUGAGUUUAUGGAAAUUGUGGAUAUGAAGGAAUACUAUCUUAUGAAGAAUUUGAACAGAAGAAUCUUAUUCUCUGAAUGAUCAAAAACCAACUAGCAGUUUGAGAUGUCAAACUUGCAUGGGACUUGAAACUUCUGGAGUUUUAUAGUGACAAUUUAUGAACUUAUGAUUGGAUUGAGUGCAAAUACAACCCUCAAAUAACAGUUCUGGAUCACUCUCUUCAAAAAGACGGAGAAGAUUUCUGCUUACAUUGCGCAUUUAUUAUUAUUGCUCUGCACUUUAAAAGAGAAUAUUCUGGAAUAAUAAAGCCAAAUACCAAUCUGAACAUCUUUUUGAAAAAAAUCAAAUUAAGAAAAUCAGUGUUUCUGCAGCCUUCAAGGUUGAAAAAGUACAAUCAAAGAAUGGAAAAAGAAGGAAAAAUAGUUUCAUUGUUGGACUCGGCGAUUAAAACAAUAAGAGAAAGCAUGCUGUGAUAG